AUGACGAUUUACGCCGAGGUCAUGAGAAAAUGGAACAAAACCGUAAAGUUAAUGAAAAAUGAAAUAAAUGAAGAGAAAAAGCGAAGGUUCAAGGAGCGUAAGAGAAAUGUGAAGAAAACAAAAGUAGCAAGCGGAGAGAUGUUAGUAAAGAAGGAAAUGAAUGGUGUGCGUGAAACAUUGGAUGAUUACCAGUUGAUUGAACUAAAAGAAAUGAAGGAAAUUGCCAAGUUAGAGGAGGAAAAGAUCAUGAAGAUGAGAGAGGAAAUUAGGAAGAGGGAGUUGGCACUAAAAGAACAGCAAAGAAAAAAUGAAAUAGAGAGAAAAAAGGAUGAAUUAAGGAAGAAGAGAGAGGAAGAGGCUAAAAGAAAGGAAGAGAUGGCUAGGAAGAAGAGAGAGGAAGAGGCUAAAAGAAAGGAAGAGAUGGCUAGGAAGAAAGAAGAGGAAGAGGCUAAAAGAAAGGAAGAGAUGGCUAGGAAGAAAGAAGAGGAAGAGGCUAAAAGAAAGGAAGAGUUGGCUAGGAAGAAAGAAGAGGAAGAGGCUAAAAGAAAGGAUGAGAUGGCUAGGAAGAAAGAAGAGGAGAUUACUAAAAGAAAGGAUGAAAUGAAGAAGAAAUCAAAUAUUAAAGAUGAAGUUGGAAACAAACGCAAAGAAGAACAGAGCAAAGACCAUUUGGAACAAGAAGACGGGUUGGUAAAAGAACACAAAGAUGAAAUUAAAAGAACAAGAGAAAUUAAGGCAUGUAAGAGGAGACAAAAAAGUAUUACGGUUAAGAAAGAGCUUCAAAGGGAUGAUGAAUAUGUAAAGUUGGAAGAUGAAUGUAAAUACAAUCCAACGAAUGAGAUGAAGCGUGAUAUAUCGGUGGUCAGUGGAGUUGAACAUGAAAGAGAGGAUGGUACAAGCACAAUCAGGUCAACGACAAGAAAGAAGCGCGAUACCACUGCAAUAGGUAGCUUGGUUAAGAACAAGAGGCGUGGGAACGCCACAACAUUUCUAAAGCAAUCUACAAGGAAUGGAAAUGAAAAUGGAGAAAGUGCUACAGAAAGAGUAGCAAAAUGCGGUGACAAACCUGUACAUGGUACAAAAAUGGAAAAAGACGAGGGUUGUCCGGUAGAUGGUGCGAGGAUAGAAGAACGUGCGGUGCACAGCAAACUUACAAAAGAUCCUGUUGAGCAGGUGACUUUUCUUCAGCAGCAUCUAAACGCACUUGAAAUGGACAAAAACAAGGAAAGUAAAAAAACGAGAAGUGUAUGCAGGCGCAAUGUCAGAAACGAUGCUAUCAUCGCAUCUACCGUCAGAACGAGUAACGAAAACGUUCAUGAAAAAACGAAUGAUGAGAACAAUCCUUUUCAUACAACGGAUGAAAGCGUUAGAAAGGAGAACGUUUAUAGCGGCUGCUUGAUCAGUGCGCUGGACCGCAGUAAAAUUGAACAGCUGCAGGGCGAUGUGAGCAAAAGAUUGGCCGAAAAAAUCGCGGAGGAGAGUAAAAACGUGCUAAAGCCGAAAAAUAACAACGUUCAGAUGCCGCCUUUUGGCGUAGACAUCACUGGAAAGAUCGAGCGCGUGCCUGAAAGGAGCCAUAACGAAGAGAAUAUCAAUCCUGACCUGGAGAAGGAACGGUUCCACAAGCGGAUGAUAGAAAAUUCUCAGCUGGUUGAGGAAUUGAUGAAGCCAUUCCCUUGUAGGAAGAGCAGCAUAAAAAUAUUUCUUCCAAAGAAGGCCUCCUCCUCGCAUAGCUCCUCCAACGGUGAUCUUAAGGAUGAAAACAACAGCUACGUCAGGAGAUUGAACAUAUAUAAAAAGAAGCAUCACCAAACAAGACGGCAGCUUAGACGACAGCAUAUCCUCAUGCAGAAGAAUAAACAGCUAAAUCAAGCAUUUGAGAAAGUAAAGAAUCUCUUCUUAGAGAAAAAGAUACGCGAAUCAAUCCUUGUAAAUAACAGCCUGAUGGAUCAGUCGAUAAGAGUGGAGGAGAACAAUAAGGUUGAUCAAAGCGUUAGAAAGCCUUUAUUUGAGGUGCCUGGCAAAGAGACCAUUCCCACAUCACGAAGACCAGAUCUGAUCUACAGGAAGGCUAUCGACAAAAAAAUGUCUGGGCUGAGGUUCUCAACACCUCGCAAGUCGUUUGACCCGAGUUCUUUUGUUCCGAAGACCAAUUUGCCAUCCUUCAACGCAAAGAACGAGGAUGUGUUCAAAACCAGUUUUAAGAAGAAGGCAUGGGCGGUUGAGGACAAUAUCACGGAUAUUGUCAGCAAUCAGAAUCAUUUUGAGAUCGAACAGUACUUUAGCGCACCAGCCAUUGAUAUAUGUGCGAUGUUCCCAGCAGCACGUAGCAUCUCGAACGACAGCCCGAAUAAGUUUGUAACUAACUCUCAAUAAAACGAAUAUUGGUAAGUAAUUGAGAUUACGAUGUUAUUCUAUGGCAGCACAGUGCUAUUAUACCGUAUUUUAUGUACUCACCUUCACAAUGACAUCAUUGGUUGUUAAUAUUAAAAUUAGUACCUCAUCAUGCU